AUAAAAGAGGGUAACAGAUUUCGGUACCCUCUAAUGCUACCUUUAGACAUCAGAGUGAAUUUCGAUAACAAUAAGUUAAUUGUGAGUGAAAUAGAGGGGGUAAUAAAUAAGAUACAAAUCAAUGCUAAUUAAAAUCUGUGUAAUUGGUUAUUAAUAAUCAGCCUGGUUUUAAUCUCUUUCUCUCCUCAGGUGUUAAGUGGCUCUCUUUAUCUGAUGUGGAUAGUUUGAGGGGUACAUGGCUCAGAUUCUUGCUCUCUCACGUUCUCUUCACCUGCAGCACCCACUGCGGGUGGGCUUAGCAUCAUUGUACUCUCGCAGUAUGUCGUCAUUAGACACGCGAGCCCGGGCUGUGUUUUCUGCUGCGGUUGAAGCUGUGCAGCCAGACAUAGUGGUUCGCAGGGGUCUUGAGCGACAUGGAGACAAACUACUUGUGGAUGGACAGAGUUUCACGCUUACCAAUAACCUUUAUUUGGUGGGGUUUGGUAAGGCGGUGCUGGGCAUGGCAGCAGAAGCAGAGAGGAUUGUAGGGGACCAUCUAAUUAAAGGGGUGGUCAGUGUGCCUCAUGGUAUCCAGAAUACACUGCGAAAUCAUGGAAAAGCGAAGAUGCUGCUUGAAAGUCACAGCAGAAUUACAGUGAUGGAAGGAGCAAAGCACAAUUUACCAGAUAGAGAUGCCCUGAAGUCAGCAGAGUGUAUACGAGAACUGGCCAGCGGUCUGACUGAGAAAGAUGUGCUGCUUGUGCUCAUCUCUGGUGGUGGUUCUGCUCUUUUACCUGCUCCAGCCGCACCCAUGUCCUUACAGGAGAAACAGGAUGUGACACAAAAACUUGCAGCAGCAGGUGCAACAAUUCAGGAGUUAAAUACAGUGAGACGAGCCCUGUCAUUGUUAAAGGGUGGAGGUCUUGCCCAAUGUGCCAACCCAGCCAAGGUGGUGGCGCUGAUUCUGUCAGAUGUUAUUGGAGAUCCUCUGGAUUUGAUAGCCAGCGGUCCAACAGUCAGGAGUGACUCCCGGCCAGAGGAGAUCUGGGCUAUCUUGGAUCGUUAUAAGCUCUCCGACUCUAUUCCUUCCUCUGUAAAAGAGGUGCUUAGCAAAGCUAGGCCUUGUGAAUUGCAGGGGCAAGAACAUCCACAUGAAGUCAAAGACCAUGUUUCAAACGUUGUAAUUGGCUCAAACACCAUUGCUCUUGAAUGUGCAAGCCGUAAGGCCAUUGAAUUGGGACUUCGACCUGUCAUUCUAGCUCCAGGAGUAUGUGGUGACGUUCGUUCCCUUGCACGACUAUACGGGCUGCUCUCAAGUUUUGCAUGCUCCCCAGGAAAGGAACCUCCUCCAGAGCUUGCUGCAGAGAUCCUUCAGCUAGGGCCAGAUGUUGGGAUAGAAAGCUGGGAUUUGUGUCGCACCAUGAACGUGCUUGUAGAGGAGAGGAAGGAAGGCUGGGGUGCGACCUGUCUGCUAGCUGGAGGAGAACCCACUGUGCAACUGACAGGAAAGGGCAGGGGAGGGAGGAACCAGGAGUUGGCUCUGCGGGUGGGGCUUGAGCUCAGUGGUGGUGAAGUGAAGAGUGGUGCAGUGUUUCUCAGUGGAGGAACCGAUGGACAGGACGGCCCGACUGAGGCAGCUGGUGCCGUCACAGAUGGGGAACUGAUGGAAGAGGCCAUGUCUCAAGGUCUGGACAUUGAUGGCUUUCUCACCAAUAAUGAUUCGUUCACAUUUUUCUCACAGCUCUCUGAAGGACGACGGUUACUCAUGCCUGGACUGACAGGAACCAAUGUGAUGGAUGUGCAUGUUAUGCUGCUGCCACCAUCACCCCAGAGACUUCCAAUAAUUUGACUUUAGGUUGAUUUGUGUUUGGAAGCAACACAAUUAUGG